UGCUUCCUCUCUUUCCCUUCUCUCUCCUUCUUCUAUCGUUUCUCCGUCCCUCCCAUCUCCCCUUCUUCGCUCUAUCUCUCUCUUCGUAAGUCUACAAUUUGUUCCGCUGCCAUCGCCGGGGGCCAUUCGAAUCGCCGUCAAUUGGCCGGAUCCGCGCUCUUGUUCGAUUGAUCAAUUGCAGGAACGGGAAGCCUGAAGCUCGAUUUCGGGUGGGGUUGACGAGGUAAAAAUAAAAAAGCUAGGGUUUCGAUUCCACUGCCGAAUUGGUUGGGCCCUCGGUUCGUCUCGUGGAUUUAGGGUUUAGAAAAGUGGAGUGGAAGCGCUGGGGGUUGUCAUAAAGGGCCGUGGUAUUGAUGGUACUCGAAGGUGAAAAUGCAAGGCUAUGCAUGGACGGGAAGGUGAGGAGAGGAAAAGGGCUCGGCACAUGUGGACAGAUCCUACCCCUGCCAAUUCGGUUGUAGAGGGUGAUGUUUCUUCGUCUUCUCCGAUUCCUAAUUCGUUUUACAAGGACGGGCGAAAAAUCUGUGUUGGGGACUGUGCUCUUUUCAAACCGCCGGAGGAGUCUCCACCUUUCAUUGGAAUAAUCCGUUGUGUGAUUACCAGUAAAGAUAAUAACCCAACUCUAGGUGUGAAUUGGCUUUAUCGACCUUCUGAAAUAAAGCUUGGCAAAAGCAUCCUUUUGGACGCUGCGCCAAACGAAAUAUUUUACUCCUUUCACAAGGAUGAAAUAUCUGCCGCAUCGCUACUCCAUCCGUGUAAAGUAUCCUUCCUUCCUAAAGGGGCUGAGCUUCCAUCAGGGAUUUCUUCAUUUGUGUGCCACCGUGUUUACGACAUUCGAAACAAGUGUUUAUGGUGGUUAACUGAUCAAGAUUAUAUUGAUGAACAUCAAGAAGAAGUAGAUCAACUAUUGUCUAAGACACGCAUAGAAAUGCAUGCAACAGUACAGUCCGGUGGGCACUCACCAAAGCCAAUGAAUGGUCCAAAUGCAACAUCACAGUCAAAACCUGGUUCAGAUGGCGUGCAGAAUAGUGGUUCCUCCUUUCCUUCUCAAGUUAAGGGGAAGAAAAGGGAGCGGGGAGAGCGUGGGGAUCCAGGGCUAGAGCCUCUUAAACGAGAGCGUUCUACAAAACUUGACGAUGGUGAUUCUGCUAACUCAAGAGCGGAGAACACCUGGAAAUCAGAGAUUACUAAAUUGAAAGAUAAAGGCGGUCUUGUGGAUUUUGAUGCUGUUGAGAAACUGGUGCAGCUUAUGUUACCCGACAGAAAUGAGAAGAAGAUAGAUUUGGUUGGCCGGUCUAUUAUGGCUGGGAUAGUAGCAGCAACAGAUAAGUUUGAUUGCCUUAAUCGGUUUGUUCAACUGAGAGGGUUACCUGUAUUUGAUGAGUGGAUACAGGAGGCCCAUAAAGGAAAGAUUGGCGAUGGUAAUAGUCCCAAGGAUGGUGACAAAUCAGUAGAAGAGUUUCUCUCUGUCUUACUUCGUGCUCUUGAAAAAAUCCCUGUGGAUCUCCACGCUUUACAAACAUGUAACAUUGGAAAGUCUGUCAAUCAACUACGUUCGCACAAGAACACGGAAAUUCAGAAGAAGGCAAAGAGUUUAGUUGACACUUGGAAAAAACGGGUGGAGGCUGAAAUGGAUGCAAAGUCUGGGUCAAACCAGGGUGUCACUUGGGCUACAAGAUCACGCCUUCCGGAUGCUUCCCAUGGCGGGAGCAGACACGCUGGUGUAGUCUCUGAGGUGGCAUUGAAGAGCUCUACUAAUCAGCUUUCUGUUUUAAAAGCUGCACCAGCUAAGCUUGUCCCUGGAGAGGCUAUUCCUAUGUCAGCGUCAGGAUCUCCUGGGUCCAAUAAAUUAACUCCAGUGCCUGUGUCUGGGGUUGGUGUUGUUAAAGAAGGACAGACUAGAUAUGGCAGCGGUGCUGGUGGGUCUGAUGCUUCUCCAACCACGGCUAGAGAUGAGAAGAGCAGCAGUUCUAGCCAGUCGCACAAUAAUAGUCAAACUGUAUCUGGUGACCAAACAAAAACUGUUGGAUUUUCUGGAAAGGAGGACACGAGGAGCUCUGGUUCGAUGACACCUACUAGGGUUGCUAGUGGUUCUUCACGGCAUCGUAAGUCGAGCAAUGGCUUUCUGACCCAAGCUGGAUCUGUUGCUCAGCGGGAAACUGGGACAAGUAGAAGCUCUCCUUUGCAAAGAAAUCCAGCUUCUGAGAAGUUCCCACAAAAUAGUUUGGCAAGUGAUAAGGUGGCUGAUCUCCCAACACCCGAUGCCACCAACCACAGAUUUGUCGUUAAGAUUCCUAACAGAGGCCGCAGUCCUGCCCAAAGUGCCAGUGGUGGAUCGUUCGAAGAUCCUUCAGCCGUGCACAACAGAUCUUGCUCUCCUAUUCUUUCGGAGAAGCAGGAUCAGCUCGAUCACAAUUUGAAAGAUAAGAACGAUGCUUGCAAUGCUAAUGUCGGCUCAGAUGUCAAUACCGAGUCAUGGCAGAGCAAUGAUUUCAAAGACGUGCUGACUGGGUCAGAUGAAGCAGGUGGCUCUCCUACAACUGGUCCGGAUGAUGAAAACAGUAGAGCAGGCGAAGAUACCAAGAAACUACCAGAAGUCUCCAAAUCCACAUCAUUGCCGGCUAGCAACGAAAACAAGUCGGGAAAAUUACAUGAUGCUUCAUUUAGCUCCAUGAAUGCUUUGAUUGAAAGUUGUGUCAAGUACUCUGAUGCGAGUACAUCUAUGUCAGGAGCAGAUGAUGUUGGGAUGAACCUGCUUGCUAGUGUUGCUGCUGGAGAAAUGUCUAAACCUGAUGUGGCUUUGCAGUGUGAUCCACUUGGUGAUUCAAGGGUACAGUCACAUCCAGGUGAUACUGUGAUUCACGGUGUUCAGUCACGUGAUAAUGUUGGUGUUGUAACUGAGAAGAAAGACAGUGCUGUUAAUACGUUAGAGACUAAGACAGAUGGUCCUUCUCAAGAGAAAGAUUCAACUUCCUGUGCUGUAGAGGCCCAGCAAACUGGAGAGACAUGCAAGGAAAAGGAAGAUAAAACUAAUGCAACCUUAAGGGGACCUUUUAAUGAUGUGCCUGCUGUGAACGGCGCAGACAAGAAAUUGGGUGGAGGCAAAAAUCCAUGGAAAAAAGAUCCCAGUUGUACAGUAAAAGCUGAAGCAACGUCUGAUGAUAAAGAAAAAUCACUUGCCUCCUUUUCAGCCGAGACUAAGCUCAAUGUUGCUGCUGUAGAAGUCAAGGCUGGUGGAGUCCGAAGUUUGUCCCCACAUACUGCCUUUGAUCCUGAGGGGGAGAACAAGAAAAAUAGUAAUGAGGUAUUGAACUUUGGUGUACAAACAGAUCAGAAACCACCUGCAGUAAUGCGUUCUGAUUCUGUUAAGAGAACUGACAUUCAGGUGCUUAAUCCUUCUGGUCAGGAAAUGGUUUCCACCAAAUGUCAGGAGGAAGUGAAAAAAGAAGAGGUUAAUGAAACUACAGGUCGGAAUCCCUCCCCUGACAACCCAAAAACUGAUCAGCUUAGUAAGAAGGAUGAGGAUCAGGUGAAAACCGAAAUUGAUGUGCCAAAUGAGCAGGAAAGUGGUUCUCAGGAUGAAUCUGGUUUACAAUCAGAUCGGAGAAUGGGGUGUAGAGGAUCUAGGGAGAAAGGUACUGAAGCUGAUGACACUGAGGAAAGUUGUUCAGCUGCAGCAGAUGCUUCUUUAGCUGUUACUGGCAGCCAAGAUAAUGAAACAAAAAUGGUAUUUGAUCUGAACGAGAUGCUUAAUGGCGACGAUGGGAAGUACAUUGAGCCAUCCAAUGUAAAAGUCGCAAGUGCUUCUUCUGCUUCUAUUCCAUUGAUUAGUCCGUUGCCUUUACAAGCUUCUCUCUCUAGUAGUCUCCCUGCUUCAAUUACCGUCGCCUCGGCUGCUAAAGGUCCUUUUGUUCCACCAGAGGAUUUACUGAAGAGUAGAGGGGAACUUGGUUGGAGAGGAUCAGCCGCAACAAGUGCAUUUCGACCAGCUGAACCUAGAAAAACUGUUGAUCCUAAUGUAACUGGGACAACACCCAAUGGUCCUUCUCCUGAUGCUUCUUCUGCCAAACCUGGCCGUCCUCUCUUUGAUUUUGACCUAAAUGUGGCUGAUGAAAGGGUACUUGAAGAUUUUGCUUCUCGAGUUUCUGAUCAGGCUAUGAGCUCUGUCACUGGCCUUGCAAAUAAUCAUCAUGUUGUGGCAUGUGAUGAACCGGUGGUGGCUUCUGUAUCUGUUCGAAGUUCUGCGGGACUUGAUCUUGAUUUGAAUAAAAUGGACGAUGAUGGUGAUGUUGGCAAUAAUCACUUGACUAGCAACGGUCGUAGGCUGGACAUUCAUUUCCAGCCAACAGUCAAAACAUCAGCAGCAGCAGGUCUUAUCAGUGCUGCUGAUGCAGGUACCCGUCGAGACUUUGACUUGAAUAAUGGACCUCUUGCCGAGGAAGUGGGAACUGUUGAGCCAUCAACUUCAUUUGUCCAGCAAAUAAGGAAUAAUAGCAUUGUGUCUCAGUCAGCAAUUCCCGCCUCUCGAGUUAACUCUAAGGAACUGGGAAAUUUUGCCUCUUGGUUUCCUCCUCAAGGGAAUUAUCCAGGUGUAGCAACAAUUCAGCCCAUGCUGCCUGAUAGAGCAGGGGAACAACAGCCAUUCUCAAUAGUUGCACCUCAAAGGAUGGUAGCUGCUCCUGCUGUCACUGUCAGCAAUACAUUUAGCCCUCCAGAUGUCUAUAGAGGACCAGUGUUGUCAUCUUCUCCUGCUGUGCCCUUCCCGUCUGCUCCAUUCCAGUACUCAGUCUUCCCAUUUGGAAACAACUUCCCUCUAACUUCAGCUGCAUUUUCGGGUGGUUCUACAGCAUAUGUCGACUCAGCAUCAGGUGGAAGACUUUGUUUUCCUGCUGUGCCUUCACAGGUGUUGGCGCCUGGUGGUGGUGGGGUUCUCCCAUCGCCCUAUCAUCCAAGGCCUUAUGUUGUCAGCAUUCCAGAUGCGAGUAGUAGUAUGUCCAGUGAAAGCAGCAGUAGAAAGUGGGGAGGAAGGCAGGGCCUAGACUUAAAUGCAGGGCCUUUGGGUGGUCCUGAUACUGCAGAAGGGAGAGAUGAAACAACAUCAUCAUCACUUGCUGCCUCAAGGCAGCAUCAGCUGUCUCUGGCCAACUCUCAUCAAGCACUCAUUGAGGAGCAGCAAUCUAGAAUUUACCACCAGGUAUCAGGUGGCGGCGUUCUGAAAAGGAAGGAACCAGAUGGUGGAUGGGAUGGCUACAAGCAUCAUCCACCAUGGCAAUAGUGAGAGCAGGGUUGCUAGAGAAGUCAGUGAGUUCCCUGUUAUCUGGGCCAGCCGGGUUCGAGAGAUCACAUUUUAAACUUUGAAUCUCGAAGAAGGAAGAUGGUGAGUCAUGUGGUGUUGCAGUCUCCAACUCCAAUACUCCUGCUCCUGUGGUAUCUGUUUGUCAUAAAGGAAUAUGUCUUCCUGAGGUUUUUGGGGGUCAAUGUGGGCUGUUAGUUUGGAAUUUGUGCUGGGCAGCUGCGUUUCCUCCACUUGUAGAUAUUUUUUUUUAAACUUCAGUCUGUGCAUGCUGCCGCCCGGGCAUUCCAACACUAUUGUGGGUCCAUGCAGGUUGAAUCAAGAAAAUUUAUUGAUACAGUUGGGAACCCAUGAGAACAAUCCUUACCAUUCUGAGAAGAACAGGGGAUGAUGAAUUGGUGGAACUGGUUUUAGGCAGGGAGAGGACUUCUUGUAUUUUGGUUUUUCUGAAGCUAAAUUAUCUCUCUUUGCUCUUGUUGUUUUCUUUUAUUUGCCCGUUGAGGAUCACAUAUGAAUAAGCAGAAUGGUACGAGAAUUGGUAGUGGAAAUUCCUGCCGCGAUCUUGUUGUACUUUAAAACUGUUCUUGUGCUGCUGGACCUGGGGCUGUGACUGACUGUGACUGACCAUCAUUUUGCCUUUCGAUUUCCCCAUGAGAAAGAUAGUUACUGCAGAUGCUGCUCACAGAAAGUAAUGUAUACCCAGUUGACAAUUCCCUAUGAGAUGCUGUUCUCGUCUGUAUGGUUUAAUUGAGUUAGUGGUCUGAAUCUGUUACUUACAAUGCUCUUCAGCUUCUUCUACUCUUCGAUUGAAAGUGAUGGACAAUUCUUGUGUUAGCGGUGUAACUUGUGAAUGAUGAUUCGACAG